AUGGCUGAGAAUCCUAGCAGCGAUGGCCUUUCGGAGGCUGAAAGACUUAGAGAAGACGAAUUGGCCCAGGAAUUGGAACACAGUGACUCAAAUGAAGAAGAUCAAGAAAUAUCAUUAGAAAUAGAAGAGAAGUUGUUGAAAGAUGAACCUGAAUAUACAACAUUAGUCAACUAUGGGGAGAGUUCACAAAAUGCCAAUUUGGAGACUGAAGUAAUUGAAACCUAUUCUGACAGCUCUCAGAAUGUAGAGACUAUUCAUAGAGCUGAUGAACUUGGUAACAUAUACACAGACAACUCUGACACUUUUGUUAGUUCGCAGCCAGACACUCUUGCUGACCAGUAUGAACCAUACAUAAACGAAUAUUCAUUUGACAACACAAACCUUGAUCAACAACAAGUAGACCUUACAGAGGACAAAUUUGACAAAUUGGAGGAAGAAAAUAAGGACACUACUAUUGUACCAAACAUGAAUGACUUCCAACAGAGUGAAUCAGUGGAAUAUGAAUCUCAAAUUACAGAGGAAAUGUUAAUAAAUGAAAGGGAAAGAGAAAAGAAGAGUAAAAAGGAGUUGGAAGAAGAGGAGCGAGAAAAGAUGCAGGUUCUAGUCUCAAACUUCACAGAAGAACAGUUGGAUAGGUAUGAAAUGUACCGUCGAGCUGCGUUUCCCAAGGCUGCUAUAAAAAGGCUGAUGCAGACUAUCACAGGAUGUUCAGUCGGACAGAAUGUUGUGAUUGCCAUGUCUGGUAUUGCUAAAGUAUUUGUUGGUGAAGUUGUUGAAGAAGCUCUGGAGGUAUUGGACAAGUCUGGCGAAGCUGGACCAUUACAACCGAAGCAUUUGCGUGAAGCUCUAAGAAGGCUGCGGGUUAGAGGUGCUAUACCUACUAGAAAAGCACACAAGAGUAUGUUUAGACUAUAG